CAACUGUACUGGAGGACUGUGUGAGGCGUUGUUGUUCCUGGCUAAAGCUAAGCUAAUGUGGCUAAUUGUCAAACCAUUUUUUUAAUAUGUCAACAUCAGUUAUUGAUCCCUGAGAGACCACCACCACCACCAUCUCUGGACAGAAGGGCUGGACAAGCUGCUGGCGAAAUAGCAUGUAAUGGAGCUCCGGGAGAUCUGACUGGUUUUAAUGACUGACGUUGUGGCUUUCUGAGGAAGCUCCAGUCUCAGUUCUACACAGCUUUGCAUCCUGGGAGAGGACAGUUGUGCUUCUGGGUCAUAAGAAGGAACAACGCCCAUAACACCAAGAAGUAACCACAAUGGACAGCACACCAGCUGCAAUUCUUCUUCUGACUUUAAUGGUGGGAUCCCAAGGCGAGACCACAGAGAAACAUCCCCCAAGCACCUCAGAUAGCAAAGCAGGCCGUUGCUCCUACACUUUCAUCGUUCCCCAGCAAAAACUAUCAGGGGCGUUAUGCUUGGACACGCAAGCCACCUCCGCCGCCCACCAGUCAGAGAUGGCUGCACUGCGGGUGGAGCUGAAACACCAGCAGGGGCAGCUGGAGCACCUGCAGGCCCUGCUGGAGCAGGAGGGAAGCUUCGCCAUGGAGAUAAGAGCCCUGCGCAAGGAGAGCAGCAGCAUGAAUUCUCGCAUCGCCCAGCUCUAUAGCCAGCUGCUGCUGGAGGUCAUACACAAGAAGGACCACGUUUUGGAGCAGCGGAGGGUGGAGAACCUCCUGCUGAAUGCUACAACGCAUGCGCUGCAGGUGUCCAGCAACUUCAGGGAGCUGGAGAAGAAGUAUGGCGCCCUCACGUCCACAAUUAGCUAUCACAGCCAAUUAAUUGCCCACCUGGAGAAGCGAUGCCAAUGUACGGACUCCAGACAGUCUGACCAGGUGGUAGCGACCGACCCACCAAAAAGCCACUCUGGUGUGCAUCUUAAUGACAGCACUGAAAUCAGUAAUGAUCUUCAAAGGGACCAGAGUGCUUCUCUGCAGCAGGACAAUCCUAUGGGAGUGCAUCUGAUUCCUGUCACACCAGCCAGUCCUCCUACAGAACAUCCUGUCAUUAGUUUCCCUGUCACCAAGACGCCAGGGCCGUGGCGAGACUGCCAACACGUUCUGGAAUCCGGCGAGACGACCAGCGGGAUCUACCUACUGCGCCUCCAAAGCCCCAACCGACUCCUGCAGGCCUGGUGUGAUCAGAACCAAGCUCAGGGAGGCUGGACGGUCAUCCAGAGGAGGCAGGAUGGAUCUGUCAACUUCUUCAGGACCUGGGAGCAGUAUAAGCAAGGCUUUGGGAACCUGGAUGGGGAGUACUGGCUGGGCCUGGAGCACCUCUACUGGCUAACCAAACAAGCUAAAUACAAGCUGCGUGUGGUCCUGGAGGACUGGCAGGGUCGGCAGGUGUUCGCCGAGUACGACAGCUUCCGUUUGGAGGCGGAGACUGACUGGUACCGAUUGCGUUUGGGACAGUAUCGUGGCAACGCGGGCGACUCCCUCACGUGGCACAACAACAAGGCCUUCACCACGCUGGAUCGGGACAAAGACGGUUACACAGGUAACUGUGCUCACUACCAGAAAGGAGGCUGGUGGUACCACAUGUGCGCCCACUCCAACCUCAACGGCGUGUGGUAUCGGGGCGGUCACUAUCGCAGCCGCUACCAAGACGGUGUGUAUUGGGCGGAGUUCCACGGAGGCUCCUACUCCCUCAGACGUGUUCUCAUGAUGGUCAAGCCCAGUUAGUCUCUUUGCAUCGUGAGCUUGUGUCUCCUCUUUAGAUGAAUGCUGCUUUUGGAGAUGUCAACAACAUUCACCAAUGAUUUACUGGGAUGAG